AUGUUUCGAUUGCUCGGACUUGCAGCCCGUUCGGGGUCUCACACAUUGACUGUAACCAGCGCUGCGAACACGGAUGCUGCGGCGAAGCCGAAGCAGGCGAAGCGCUUAGCCGGCGCCUUCCGCGCGCUGGGCCCGGCAGAGGUGGCACGCGAGCGGCUUGGGAUCACACAGCAAAACCGCUCUGAACGCUUCCGAGCUGCAGCUGAAGUUGGAGAUUCCAGGAGGGUCAUGGCCUUGCUGGAUGCUGGAGUUGACGUUGAUUCUUGCAACGAGUAUGGCCAGACGCCCCUUUUCCUUGCAGCAUUUGAGGGGCACCUUCAGGUGGUCAAGUUGCUUCAUGCCUGGGGCGCCGAUCCUGUAAAGCCGUGCUACGGCGGAUGCCUAGCCAUGAAUGCAGCAGCAGCACGGGGACACUCUGAAGUGGCAAAGUAUCUGGCUGAUGAGGGUACGCUCACACAGGUCGGGUGCCGACCGCCAAUGUUGCGGAGGCUCAGGCUUGCUGUCCACACUGUCAGACUGCCGCUGCCAGAACACCUGGCAAGCCUUGGAGCCGCUUACGUAGACGGGGCGUUUAGUGAAGCGUUUUUGACAUGGCUUGAGGAACUCUGGACAUCCCUUCCACCAGCGCCAUUUGCGCAUGCUGACGUGGAGGACGAUGCACAAGAGGAGUCUCAGCGCUCGAAAAGGCGAGGCCGAGGAGUGGAUCGGAGUCGGCAAGACUCUGCUCCGCAGCGAAGCUAUUACUUUGACGCUGAGGGCCUUGCGACUUCACAGCUUGUCGCAGCACUUGCGCAGCCCGCCGAGCUCUGUACUUGCAAAGAGGCUGUUCCGCAGAUGCGCUUUCUGCACUAUUCCAGGGUUGGGGGCUAUUUGCCGCCGCACACGGAUCUUGCAAGGCGCGACUGGCGGACGGGGCAGCGAACCAGCCACACUUUCAUUUUGUACCUGCAAGGGGUUGCGGAUGAGGGCGGCGGCGAGACAGUUCUGCUUCAGAGCCUUUCGGGCGGGGUGCUUGCUGAUGUGAGUCCCGUUCGUGGAAGGCUGCUGGUAUUUCCUCAUGAGUGUGCGCACAAGGCAAUGCCUGUCACAACGCCCAAACUCCUGCUGCGUGGGGAGAUGCGCUGA